GCAAUACAACUAAUGACCAGCAGAUGGCGAUUUGUCGCACAAGCGACUCCAAGCGCUUGAAUGAAGUUAAAGGAGUCCGUGCAGCAGCAGCAGGUACAAAAGAAGGAGAGUGAACUGAGCUGCAGUUGGAGACUGUCAGAAGGGGAUACAGCAGGAAUUUGGGUAGAAAAGUGAGAGUGGGGCGGAGGCAAAAGCAGGAAUAGGGGAAUAUUGGAAUCCGGGGCUGGAGCGAGCAGCCAGGAGCAAAGGAGGCGCGUCAGCUGGCUUUGCAAUGGCGUGCGACGGCUUCUGGUCUUCCUGCUGUCUGUGCCUCCAGCGCAUCUACAGCUGUCACUGUAGGAAAAAUAGAAGAGGCAAGCUUAAAGGCACCAAGGGAACCAAGUGUGAGUGCAUCUGGGUUCUGCUGCUUCUCCUGGUUUUCUCCCUGACACUGAUAUGGAUGCUCAUCACCCUCACCCUGGGAAAUGACAUACACAACUUUAAUGAGGAGGUAUUCCGCAUAGCCGGGAUUUGGCUGGACUGGUCUGUAGUCUUGAUCACAGUGGCGGCUGUGCUUCUCACAUACUGUGGCCUCCUUCUGCUGCUGUCAUUUUGCCUUGUUCUCUGUGACCUGAAACUCCAGCUGCACUGGUGCCAUAAGGUUCUACUAUUCAUCAGCGUCAUUGUGAUCAUUCUCUUAUGUGUUGGCCUUUCCCUGAAGUGGAGGGAAGAAUGGAGAACCGUAUAUAUCUACAUACAGGCAACACUACCAUUUCUGCACAUUGGAGCUGUGAUUGGGGUAUCUGCUCUGGCCUGGGUCCUUGCUGGGUAUUACUGGAGAACAAAAACCAGGGUACUGAAAUACCUCAUUCUGACAGUUUAUAUUAUCCUUCUGGGUGCUCUCUAUCCCCUUCCCGUCUAUAUUACUUCCCCCUGUGUACUAAAGCCAUCGGAUCUGCAACCCAAGCCCCGCCUCAUAGGACAUCGUGGGACGCCCAUGCUGGCUCCAGAGAACACAUUGAUGUCAUUUCACAAAACGGUGGCCUCUGGGAUUGAUGUUUUUGAGACUGAUGUUGCAAUGAGUCAGGAUGGAGUCCCAUUCCUUAUGCAUGAUAACAAGCUGCUCCGGACCACUAAUAUAAAAGAAGUGUUCCCAGAACAAUUGCAAUACAACAGCACCAAUUUCACAUGGGCCGACCUCCAGAAGCUCAAUGCAGGCAGUUGGUACCUUCAGAAAGAUCCAUUCAACACUGUGAAGUUUUUGACUCCACAAGACCAAGAGGAAGUAAAGAGGCAAAAAAUUCCUGCUCUAGACGAAGUCUUGAAAGAAGCCGCAAAAAACAACAUAUCAAUAAUAUUUGACCUGUAUGUGCCUCCUGAGGACCACCCAUACAAGGAUAGCUACAUCAAUAUUACGCUGAAGACCAUCUUUGACUCCUCAAUCCGGCCGGAAUUAAUUUUUUGGCUACCAGACGAGCAGAGGGAGGAAGUCAUGGCUAGGGCUCCAGGUUUCCAUCAGAUAUUUGGACCUCUGAAGCAAGAAAACUUUGCAGUGGAAGCAGUUAAUAUGCCAUAUAAUCUGAGCUUGGCGAAGAUCCGCUCAUAUCGGCAGAAAAACAUAUCUGUGAAUCUCUAUGUGGUUAAUGAGCCUUGGCUGUUCUCCUAUGUUUGGUGUGCUGGAGCCACAUCGGUCACCUCCAACGCAUGUCACCUCCUGAAGAAUAUUCAACAGCCUCAGUGGGUUCUAGAUCCUCAAUAUUAUGUUAUAAUCUGGAUUGUUGUGGACGUCGUAUCGUUAGCCCAUGUUAUCUGGGCAUUUAUUAUUCAAAGAACCUGCUACAAGAAAAAGGAAUAUCAAGAUACAGAAACUGUGCUCCUUAUGAAAAUUGGAAAUUCGAUAUAAUGGUCUUUCGGGCCGCAUCACCCUUGAUAAGAGAUACUGAUCAAGGAUUUGAGAAUUGUAAACGGAACUGCCAGAAGGAAUCCUGAACAAUCUCAGUGGAGAAUAUUAUUGAGGGCAAGCGUACUUCACUAGCUCUAAAUGUAUAAUGUGCCUACAAAGCAGGAAAAAAAAAUCUGGAUCAUUCCCACCAGCAGAGAUGGAAGCUCACACUAUUGGUAACGGGUUCAGUGCGCUUUGGGUGAUCUCGUACAUUGAUGUGUGGAUUAGCUUAUAUCUGAAACAAAAUUCAUCCUUCAUUCUCCUGUUAAUGUCUUUUUGUAUACUUGUUUUGCCCUUGGAUUUUCCUUCCUGGACAGGAGGACUUGUUAAACUUGGACUUGGAUAAACCAGCAGACAUUUAGUUGGAGUAUCGCUCCAUAGUCUUAACUUUUGUCCAUUUUAUUUUUAAAACACCAGCACUAUCCAGAUCACUGCUGCAUUGCUAAUCCGGUUCUAAAUUUUGUAUUUUUAUUAACAGUAUUUAACCUUUUCAAUGUUUAAGGUUCUUCUUAAAAGUUGUAUUUUUUUCUGCUACAUCUUCUGUUCUCAUUCUCAGGGAUGUGAGUGAACCGUUUAUAGCGGGCAAUGAAAUCGUCUGGCGUCUGUAUGAAUUCACACAGGGUGUUAAAUAUGGGUGAUUGUGACUACUUUAAGUGUGAAUUUACAAGAAACUACUCAGGAAUGUUUAUAUAGAAUGUCUGUUGGCUGUAUCAUGACAACUUUUCCUUUUUAUUGCAGGUUAAUGUGCAUCAAGGACAGCACUCCUACGAUUUAAAACAAUUUAAGGAAUGGAGUGCUGUCCUUGUUCCUGUCCCAGGUUUUUAUUGCUGCGUGCAUGUUUAACAAAAAGCAGAAAUAUUAUAGGGGUCUUAAUGACCAUUAAGGUAAAAACUCCUUCACCUAUUUUUCUGUAUAGUGCCAAAAUGUGUCUCUAUUCUAAUGCUCAACAAUGUAUGAUGAUAUUUUUCUAAAUAAACUGUGGGUAAAACAGG